AUGGUCAGCAUAACGCAAAAAGGUGACCAUGUGGAAAAGCUAAGGUUAUGCAAAGAUUCCCUACCAAAUUCUAGUACCUACCCUGCAACAGUACAGUUUAAGAAGCCUCUACUACUUUCACUGCCAAUUAGUGAAAAAGACGCAGAGUUCUUUAAUGCUCUAAUUAAGAUCAGAAACAAAGACCCCAUUUUGCAAAACAAAGAUGCUAAAUUAUUUGAGUCUGAAUCUGAGUCCGAGCCUGAUUCUGAGGCUGAUGAUAAGAAGAAAGAAAAGGCUAAGAAGAAGAUGUAUUUGAAAGAUGUAGCGUCAAAGCAUUUGAUAGAGGAGGGGCCGGAGUUCAAUGAUGAAGAUGAAGAAGAGGAUAAGGAUAAGAUGAAGGUGAAGACAUACUCAGAGGAGCAAGAGGAGCUGAGGAAGGAGUUCCUGGAUUCGGUGGAGAAAAUGGAGAUGGAGAAUGAGCGGGAUGGAGAGGACUUCUUUAAGGUAAAAGAGAGAGGUGAUGAGGAUGUGGAAGAUGACGAAGACGCUGAGGAGUUCUCCAAGAAGUUGGAUGAGUAUUUUGGGGAGGAUGAUAAGUUAGAUGAGAAUGACCGGUUUCUGAAAGAUUAUUUCAGGAAUAAAAUGUGGAUGAAUAGUGAUGAGAAGGUUGGCAAGGAAGAUGAUGUGGGAUUAGAAUUCUCAGAGGAUGAGGAGGAGAUUGAGAAGCAGGAGGAUUAUGAGAGGGAUUUCAAUUUCAGGUUUGAAGAGAAUGCUGGUGAUAGGGUAUGGGGACACUCAAGGAAAGUAGAGGGUUCGGUAAGGAAGAAAAUGAAUGCAAGGAAAUUGCAGAGGGAGAGGAAGGAAGAGAGGAUGGCAAAGGAAGAGGAUGAGAGGAAGGAGGAGUUGAAGCGAUUGAAGAAUUUGAAGAAGAAGGAGAUGAAGGAGAAGCUUCAGAAGAUUAAGGAGACUGCAGGGAUUGGAGAUGAUGGGGUUUGCUUGUUAGAUGAGGAUGAUUUGGAAGAGGAAUUCAAUCCAGAGGAGUACGAUAAGAAGAUGAAAAAGGCAUUUGGAGAGGCUUACUAUGAGACAGAAGAUGUGAACCCCGACUUUGGGAGUGAUGAGGAUGCAGAUGAAGGUGAUCUUGAAAAGCCUGAUUUUGACAAGGAGGACGAGUUACUUGGGCUUCCAAAGGGAUGGGAUGAAAUGAAUCAGCCACGUGAGGGGUUCUUAUCAGUUAGGGAAAGAAUUUUGAAAAGCCAGGAAAAUACAGGCGAAGAGCAUGAAACAGUAGAUGAAGAAGAUGGGGUGUCCGAAGAAGGUAAGCGGAAAAAGAAGCGAAGGAAGGAUAGUGUUGUUAUGCAGGCAGCUAAGGAUCAAUUAAUGGAGGAAUAUUAUAAGUUAGACUAUGAGGACGCGAUAGGUGACUUAAAGACUAGGUUUAAGUAUAAACCUGUCAAUGCUAAAAGAUUCGGCUUGAGUACUGAGGAGAUGUUAAUACUGGAUGACAAGGAGUUGAAUCAAUAUGUACCUCUAAAGACGCUGGCACCAUAUCGAGACAAGGAUUGGAAGUGGCUGCAGACAUUGCCAGUGUGA